GCCGCGCUUCGCGAGGGAGAGAGAGAAAAGUGAGAGGGACGCGACACGCCGCGGCACAUGCUGCAGGCAGACAGAGACAGAGGUCCAAGGUCGUCAAUGUCGGGAGCAGCAGCAGGCGGCAGCGCGCCACGCCCAGCCCUUCCCCUCGCUCAGGCAGUGGCGCUGGCGCUGGCGCUCUCGCUCUCGCCGUCGCCGGCGCUGGCCGGGUUCAGCUGCGGCCCGGGCGCCCGGCCGGUGGUGUUCAACUUCGGCGACUCCAACUCCGACACGGGCGGCAUGGCGGCGGCCAAGGGGUGGCGCAUCGCGCCGCCGGAGGGCCGCGCCUUCUUCCACCGCCCCACCGGCCGCUUCUGCGACGGCCGCCUCAUCAUCGACUUCCUCUGUGAAAGCUUAAACAUAAGCUAUCUGAGUCCUUAUCUGAAGGCAUUGGGUUCUAACUACAGUAACGGAGUGAAUUUCGCCAUUAGCGGUUCAACAACACUACCACGGGAUGUUCUUUUUACAUUGCAUGGACAGGUGCAGGAAUUCUUCUUCUUUAAAGCCAGAUCCUUGGAACUCAUCAAUCAAGGUCAGCAAGUUCCAAUCGAUGCAGAAUCAUUCCAAAAUGCUCUAUAUACCAUAGACAUAGGACAGAAUGAUAUUAACGCUCUUCUGUCCAACUUGCCUUACGACCAAGUAGUCGCGAAGUUCCCUCCAAUACUUGCGGAGAUUAAGGAUGCUGUUCAGCUUCUGUAUGCCAACGGGAGUCGGAACUUCUGGAUACAUGGAACAGGGGCUCUUGGUUGCCUGCCUCAGAAGCUCGCUAUUCCACGUAAAAACGACAGUGACCUUGAUCAGAACGGCUGCCUCAAGACAUACAACAGAGCUGCGGUCACGUUCAACGCGGCGCUAGGCAGCCUCUGCGAUCAGCUGAAUGUAGAGCUGAAGAACGCGACCGUUGUGUACACCGAUCUUUUUGCCAUCAAGUAUGACCUUGUGGCCAACCACACCAAAUACGGUUUUGACAGCCCAUUGAUGACGUGUUGCGGGUACGGAGGUCCGCCAUACAACUAUGAUUUGAGCAGGAGCUGCCAGUCUCCGAAUGCGACGGUCUGCGCUGAUGGCUCAAAGUUUGUCAGCUGGGACGGUGUGCACCUCACCGAGGCCGCCAAUGCCGCCGCGGCUGCGGCGAUACUGAGCUCCGCAUAUUCCAGACCAAAGCUCAAGUUUGAUCAGUUUUGCAAGACCUGAUCAAACUUCAUGCUUCAUACAGUACUAUGUUGGUGAAAAUACUGAAUUACUUAAAUCUGUAAGGAUCCGUUUUUUCUCCUAAUUUUGGGGCUGAUAGCAGAUUAAUGUGGACGUGACAUCUGUAA